CCGGACCCCGAGCCGGUCCCGGACCCCAUCCCGGCUCCAUCCCUGAACGGGACUCAUCUCGGACCCCAUCCCGGUGCGGUCCCGUCCCGGUGCGGUCCCGUCCCGGUGCGGUCCCGUCCCGGUGCCGGUGCCGAUGCUGCCCCGGCCUCGCCCCGCGCCCCCGGAGCUGCCCCAGCGGCGCGUGCGGACCCUGCGCUGCGCACAGGGAGCGGUGCGGGCGGCGCGGUUCAACGCCGAUGGGAAUUACUGCCUGACGUGCGGCAGCGAUAAAAGCCUGAAACUGUGGAACCCGCACCGCGGCACCGCGCUCCGCACCUACCAGGGCCACGGCUACGAGGUGCUGGAUGCCGCCGGUUCCUUCGAUAACAGCCACCUCUGCUCCUGUGGGGCCGAUAAGACGGUGGCUCUGUGGGAUGUGGCCACCGGGCAAGUGGUGCGCAAAUACCGUGGCCACGCGGGGAAGGUGAACUGCGUCCAAUUCAACGAGGAGGCGACUGUCAUCGUGUCCGGCUCCAUCGACUGCACGGUGCGGUGCUGGGACUGCCGCUCGCGUCGCCCCGAUCCCGUUCAGGUCUUGGAUGAAGCCAAGGACGGAAUUUCCAGCGUCAAAGUAUCCGACCACGAGAUUCUUACGGGCUCCGUCGACGGCCGCGUUCGCCGCUACGACCUCCGCGCGGGGCAACUCCAUUGCGACUACAUCGGCAGUCCCAUCACCAGCGUUUGUUUCAGCAAAGACGGUCAAAGCGCUUUGGCCGCCAGUUUGGACUCAACGUUGCGUCUCUUGGAUAAGGAGACGGGCGAACUGUUGGGCGAAUAUCGGGGUCACCGCAGCAGCGUUUACCGCCUGGAUUGCGUCUUGAGCGAACGCGACACGCACGUUGGCUGCGCCUCCGAGGAUGGAUACGUCUACUUGUGGGACCUGGUGGAGGGUUCGCUGUCUCUCCGUCUUCCGGUGGGCAACGGCGUCGUUCAGUCUCUCGCCUUCCACCCGGCGCUGCCGUGUCUCCUCGCCGCUUCCGAAGGCUGCGUCCAACUCUGGCGCGAGGAGAGCUUCCAACCCGAGGAGGGGGACGGCGAUAGCUGAGAUG